UUUAUCAUUGAUCUAACGUCUAUCGCUAAGAACAAAAAUCCAAUCAAAAUGAAAUUCAUCUUUGUCUUCGUUGCCCUUUUCGCCAUUGCUUUGGCUGAAGAAACCGUUGUCUUGAAAUCCGAAUCUGAAGUUGGUCCCGAAUCCUUCCAAUAUGCUUAUGCUACCAGCGAUGGUGUUGAAGCUCAAGCUCAAGGUCAAUUGAAUAAUGUUGGUACUGAACAAGAAGCUCUUGCCGUUAAGGGUUCUUACUCCUUCGUUGCUGAUGAUGGUCAAACCUACACCGUCAACUAUGUUGCUGAUGAAAACGGUUUCCAACCCCAAGGUGCUCAUUUGCCCGUUGCCCCUGAAGCUUAAGUUGUGAUUGUUAUUUAUUAAUAAAUAUUUGUUUAUUU